AGGUGUCGGCCCCUCUCGUCCUUCGCGCCGUUUGCGUUCGCCGUGCCACCUAGCUAGGCAAACACAAACACCCCUGCUGCUAUGCUAUCAAAUACGUGUUUCUCUUGUUGCUGCUGCGAUCGGGAGCGUUUCUCAGCUGGAGCUUCCUCUAUGCCGUGCUGUCAAAACUGCUGCGAAGGAGCGCCGCACCUCCCAUGGUCCGAGAAGGCAUCGCGUCCUUCUCGCUGCUUCUGAAGCUAAAACCGUGCAAAGACGACGCAUCGGUCGGUGACUGUUCGUAUGUGUUCUGCAUGCGAGUUUGCCGGCCGCUCUGUGAAUGGAUCGAGCGGUUGUGCGCGUGUCCGACGGAGCGUCGCACCAUCACGAAACGCCGCCCGAUGACUCGAGUUUGAGCACAUCCUCGAACGAAAGUGCUGGAGCGAAACGAAAUCCCCCUGCCAAGCCACCUAGACGACGGCACUCGGUCACGUCCCUGAAAGACACGGAGUCGUACGGCAGCCUGUGUCGGCCCUCGCCAAACAGCACCUCUGCACGCCAGGGGCGUCGUGGCGAUGGCGACCCUUGGGCCGAGCAUGGCCAGUGGAUCCUCGACCCCCCGCCAAACUUUGGCGGUGGCACGCCACCAUGCUUCUCGCUGAGCUAUGGCGGUGGCCGCAGUGGAUGCGGUGGCAGUAGCACGCCGUCGUCCGACAGCCGAAACGACUUUCGCUCCCUGCCACUCAGUGUUGCGCAGGAGCGCAAGCUGUGUCAUUCAACGCCCAGCCAACCGGCGGGAACGUCGACGCGCACCAGUCUGCACGCAAGACCUUCGCACCUCCCGACCAGCUCAACACCCGUGCACUACUCCAACUUCCCACCGAGUCCAGUCGCAAGCUCCGAGCGGGACAUCCCCGAUGUGGUGUCGCGACCCGUUCUAGCGGCUGCCUCGGGGGCUACUCCCGGCUCGUUAAGUACUUCCACCUGUCGCCGAGGGUGCGGUGAAGGUGACAGGUCGGUUGCAGUUACUGCCGGUGCCAAUGGCGGUUGUGCACCGGCCUGGCUCUCGGCACCUCCCAGUAGCCCACGCCGAACUCACAGCGACCCCAUCAUCCAUCUAGAUGACGUUGACGAGGAGCAGGCAGAUAAUCCGGGCAUCUGGACAUACAGACCAAGGUCUGGUGUGGUCAAUAGCAAACCAGAUCCUUCUGCAACAUUGCGUACGCGAACAGUGGUACCCGAAGAAAUGAAGGCGCUGCAGGAAAUUAACAGCAAGCUGUGGAAUCAGGUGCAGCACCUCCAGUCACAGCUGGAACUGCUGAGGAGGAUAAAGUCGCCGGACAAGCCUCCCUCCACGUCCGUCAACGGCGUCAGCUUUGCCGAACUGUUGGCCGACGUGUACUACGCACAGCGAGAACGGGAUGAUUCGAUCAGCGAGCGGCUGGCGAGUGCCAACCAAAGUCUGGACCUGUACCAAAAGGAACUGCAGAAGCUAGCAGAAGCCAGGAGUGAUGCGUCAGAUGGCUCGAGUGAUGAGGAGAACUGCGACAAUUUGGUGCUUAGCGGCCUCGACAAGAUACUGCAGGGCCUGGAGAGCAGUUGGGCACCGGCACGGGUGACGCGGCACCAGGAGACCCUACUGGCAACCGUGCAGCGCCUGCGCGACCACCGAGGCAAGAGGGCACGGCAUCGGCUGCGGGCCAUCCAGGCUGAACGAGACGUUGCGCUCGAAAAGGUCAAAGUUCUCGAGAAGGAAGUUCAGGAGCUGCACAUGAAAGCCAUCUGGAAGAGUGAGAACUGGGGCUGCUCCAGCAAUGAUGCCGUGCAACAGGCAACCAACGAGCGAAACGCUGCGCUUGGCCGACUUCAGGAACUUCAAGAAAGCCUCGCAGCGCAGGCAAACAACGGCAAUCGAGGCACCGGUGAUGGAGUGAAGAUUUCGGCAGAAGCGCAGACGGACUUCAUUGGCGUUCAAGACGGCAUCGAUCUGGCUGCAAGCUCGUGUUUGCAGCAGCUCAAAGAGGAAGUCAGCCGGAUCAGCCAACGUCUCGACGAAGAGGCCGCGUCACGGCAGAAUGCAGAGAUGAAAUGUCAGAGGUUAGAAGAACUGGUGAACGGCUUCCAGAAACGCCUCAAUGGACUGAACAACAGCUUCUGACGGCGUCGAAUCGUGGGGCUGAUGGUGCCUUCAACCGUUGCAGCAUUCACCAGCUGAAAGCCGGCUCUUUAGGCACUGGGGAAAGGUCAACAUUCCAAGCAAAUUUUUUUUUUUCCUGGCUCACAGCUAGCUUGUGUUGCCACAAAUUAAGAUACAUUUUCUUUUUAGCAGAUGCUCUAUAAAGAGUGACCGUUUGCAUAGAGGUUUGUGGAAGAUUCUUUUUCUCUUCUUUUGAAACUUCUUGUUUGUUAGUAUCGUCCAGUGUACUGUAUUUGUUAAGUGUACAAUGAGAAGUUAGUAGACAUGCUGUAUUUCUUUUCACUAAUUCUUCACUGUCCGAAAUUUUUCGCUAUCUGUAGGUGCAUCCCGCACUUAGAGCACCACACAUGUGCUGUAACUAUGGAAAUAUAUUUUCUUCUGCACUUAACACCGAUAUUGUUCAAGGGGAACAAAUCUCUAUCGGAUGUUAUUUUAAAGCUGCGACGUUUGAAGCAGACGAGGAAACGUGGGAGGAGAGGACGCCUGUGGUAAUUUAGCUUGAGUACAGUGGUGCUUCCCUGGAAGGCCUGCUCCUUGCAUUUCUGUGAGCUGUUCACCUCUACAGACUUCUUGCUCGUUACCAUGUCGUUUGUUGGACAGAAGUGCUUAAUCUGCCUUGGAAAAGGAACGAGUGUAGUGAAAAUGACUGGGUCGUACCUCUGUGAAGUUUUCAAAUCUAAAGAACUGGUUGCUGCUGGCUGUCACACUGCCGUGCAAACGUUGGCCAAAGGAGACAGCAUUGUUGCACUGUCAUUCGUAGCCUGUUGAACCCAGCCUGCAAUGCUGAGAAGCCAGACAUGAAACAGCUCAUCACAUAGCAUGAAGUAGAAACAAACCUUGCAGGACCUUGGAUGGGCCUCUUGUUAGGCUUAGCUAAGCCUAACUUGCAGUAUUGAUUAGUAGUUUGCUGUACGCACAGGGUGGAUGACUUGUCAGCCGGUAAUAAUUGGGCGCACAACACGGAAGUUAGUUUGGCCCAGUACUUCAACUCGCUCGUUACAUUAGGGAUUAUGGCACAGCAAACGUGCACUUGCUGUGGAGCUUGAGGGGUCCGUUGGACUUGCUCCACACUCCCUGAACUGGUUCUUUAUGAGUAAGUCUUGGUCUCGUGUUGAUGUAAGAAGAGUUCAGCCGCAAUGCCUUUUUGGCCAGUGCAGUUAAUGCUCUGCACUUGGUCUGCACAAUGCAAGUGUCAUGCGAGAUGAAUGGCGGUGUGCAAAUAUACCACUAUGUCGCUUGUUUCAAUUGAAUACCAAAUGCAGAACAACCUCCACUAGUUCAGUAAUUGCAGGAAAGUUGCAUAGACCCAACAAAAGUGUUUUCACUUAUGCACGCAUGUUCUGCAGCUGUCCAACAAGUGACAAGUAGUGACUGUCCAACAAGUGGCAUGCACCGUUUUACGCUUAUCGUAAAGUUGCGCAUCACCAUUAUUGUAUGGUGCAGCCCUUGAGAUUCUGCUAACGGCAGAUGACAAUGCACGCAAUGUUGUAAGCAUUUGAAGAAGUGAGCAGAGCCAGCAGAAACUGGGCUGUGGACCAAACGUCCAUUGGUCAUGUCUUAAGGAGGAGUCUAAAGCAUUACGUUACAGGACAUGCGAGUCAAGCAGUUCUGUCCAUCUUGCAGUGUGUUCUUCGUUACAGUCUUUCUUAACAUCUACAGCAUGCUGUAGUGUUAAGCAACAACGCGAAGUGAAUAGCAGGUAUUGUAGGAGAGCCAUUCACUUCUCCUGGAUGCACAUAUCUCGCUUAUUAUUACUUCAUUUCUUGCCAGCUGCUUCAAGUGUUGAUGUAACAGCCAUCUUCCUGCCUUGCUCUUAGCUGUGGCAUGUUAAGGGGGACCAAGCUCGAUAAGGUAGUCCACACUGCAUAGAAUUCAACUUUCCGGCCGCCCGAUGAUACGAAUGUGUUCUUUCGUUGAUGUAGAGACUCAGCUUAUACCGCGGCAUGUCUAAAUAUAAAUAAUCAAAUGUGGUGAUGUCGUCUAUUACCUCCUUAUAUCCCCUCCUCGCUUCCUCGGUGACGCAGUGCACAAUAGCUCAGGUAAUAUACUCACCACUUGUGAAUAGUACAAAGCACGGCGGCUGGGCCGCUCUUGCCCUUCUGUAGACUCCCUGUGCAAUAAGAAAGGCCGCACAGCCAAUGCGCUGGCUGCACGUAUGCACUUAAGACACUCCUAGCGGGUGUAGGACACGUGCUUGCUGUGUGCGCAGUGUUUGGGAGGAAAUGUCACGUGGACCACGGAAGUAAUGAGGAAAAUGAAGCUUUUCGUGGACAGGGUUACUUGCGCAUCUUCGAGAGGGAAAAUAUUUCCGGAAAAUAAGUGUGCAGAACUUUCUUUUUCGUUAUGUAUUUCUAGGCUUGUGCGCAUAUUCGAGCAGUUCAAAUAUUCGAGCGAGUAUUACGGUAUUCGAAUUCGCGUCGAAACGAAUUUAAAUUAUUCUAAAUUUCGAAGUAUUCGAAAUGAACGAAUAGACAUAUAUAAACUGCAUGUAACCCCUGUAAAGGUUGUUUCACUUCAGCGCAGUAGUGCUAUGCCGUGCAGACACCUGUCCAGGGGAAAUUGCACUGCCGCAAAGCCCCACUUUAAGGUUAAAUGAACAGAUUACCCCCACAUCAAUUCAACAUUUUUUAAGUUUAAAAACUUGUUAUGCCGGCUUAUACUAUGCUGUAAUUAUAGUAAAGUUUAAAAGUUAACAUAUUUUACAGCUUAUCACUUGCAUUCUACCGAAAGUCAAAUCCUGCUACUAUUCAAAGUUGGUUCCACUUCCCUUUGAACCAAAAAGAAUGACAUUUGCACAUGACUUCUUUCAAUUUUAAAAAAUAUUGUGCAGGUUAGUUGGGUCAUAACAAAUAUGCUCAUUUUUCUUAUGGGAUACAUACUGUUUGAGUUCAAUUUGAAAUUGUUUGAUCAAAUCACUAUUCACUUGGAACCUAAAAUUUACUAUUUGCACAAGCCUACGUAUUUCCAUUAAUUUUGCAUGUAUUAUUACAGUUAGGACAAUUAUUGUAUUUCUGUGUUACCUUUUCUACAUAUUGCCAUCAGGCAAAGCCACAAUAUAUCCUUACAGGUGGGUAACUGAUAAAAAAUGAUUUUGACAAUGUCAGCACAGUCUCCUAGGCUAGAUGCAAACAGCUCCAGCUCAAGAGUAGUGAGGUUAGCGUCGACAUAAAUUUGCGCUUGGUAAGUCCUUCGAUUUGAGAACACUAACCAAACUAAUGGUACCACCCUUGUUACAUUGUCUGUGCAAUACCUUUGGAGAAAAAGCAAAAAAUAUGCUAUAUAGAAUGACAUGGCAAUAUCGAAUCACUGUAUGAAUGCAUACCGUACUUACCUAAAUUAUAAUGGAACCGUGAUUGUAACGACAGUGGCAACUUUUCAGUCUGUUCACAAAAGAAGAAAAAAGUUUGAAUGUAAUGCAAUGCUGUAUGGCAGUUAAACAUUACCUUUAUUUGUGAAAUAUCGCUGCCAAAAAAGUGGACAUUUUUCGUAGCGAGAUUGCUUUAUCGCAUUCUUCAGAAGCCGAGUGUCCGUUCGUUCCGCCGCCCACAGAUUGUCGAUUCAUUUAUGCCAAGAUGCUUUGUAGCUUUGCAAUAUCCCAGCUUUGUGCCAUCAAAUGGCUUUCCGUUUGAGGCGGGCACCGUACUGGGAGCGACGUGUAGCCGUUAUUAUGAAAAGAACAACUGAACACAAAUUCCUGGUGGAGGUCACGGCUGCACAUCAACGAAAUCUUGAUCGUUGGAUUCAUGCACCAUUUCAGGGCUCACUCUCAGACUUUCAGCAUGAAUCAAAUUUGUUUGCAUAUCCUCGGUGCACUGUUCUAUUAUGCGUAAGCACAAGCUUUAAACAAACAAAUGAAAACGAGACCACUAGUUUGGCGUGCACUGAAGGAGUGCUCAAACUAUGGUACUCAAACAAAAAAGACUUUUUGACUUGUGGUGGAUUCGGAUUUAGAUGCAAGUGCAGACGCUGCCAACGUGUAUCGCAGUGUCACUGAAAUGUAGUUUUCUGUCCAAAUUGGGUGCAUCGCAAUAUUCUUUUUUGGCUAGCAUUGAAGUGUAACACGACUUCAAGUGACGAAAGUUUGGGCGGAAAAACAAUGCAUUACUAUUGAGUAACUACAGUCAUUUAAAAACUGGCCUCUUCUGUGUGCAGUAUUGGAUGGACUAGCAAACGAUUAGCCUUGCAAUAGGUACCGAUAGUAGUUGCAUCUUGUUGUGAGCUGAAUGACCACGAUGGUUGGAAAGUAAUUUGCUGUAGUAUCGAAUUCGACUGUCUUUCACAGUUGUGCACAGUUCUGUUGGAUAAAAGCAGCUUUCGGAGAUGUAUGACAGUUAUUACACUUUAAAAACAAGAUAGCAUGAACUAAUGACACGUAACGCAGCCAUUGUCAACAUUAUCAUUACUUCCUCUUAUCUCCAAAUAUAAUGUGAUCAUAGCUAUUGGCAUUGUCAUGAAGGAGACAUUGUCUAAAUUAAAAGAGUGAUAAAUUUAGUAAUUGGGAACUGCAAUCCGUAUGUAUGUCGACGUGCCUAAAGACACCUGCGUGUCAUUAGGCACGCCCACACAUAUUCUGAGGAUGUGUCCUUGAACGUGUUUGCGUCAUUUCUUCGCACUGCUUCAGUGGUCCAUGACAUUUCAAUCCCAAGCAUACGCGUUAAGUUGUCUCUUAUUUUUCUUCUCAUUUGUCUAGAUCUUUAUUUAUUUGUGACCACCUUGAUGUUGUGGUUCUACAAGGCAGUAUAGUCUAUCUCUUUCUUUUUUCGUGCGUAUUGUUAUGCGCAGUUAUGAUUAUAUAAGACGGUAGGGGUGAGAGAGGAACGGGAACACGAAGCGUGUUCUUCGGUCACCUUCGCGCAUUGCAACUGUAUCGCAACAUGCGAGCGAAUGGCCUCAGAUCUCGUUACGGUCAUUAGAAGUGCCGGUAAAUGCAGUAGAUGCAGUAAAUGACAAUGGCAGCUUCUGUGACGCUGGUUGCAUUUUUGAACGCUCUCAGCAGUACUGUAGAAGGAAAAUUCGUUGCAAUCUUGUCUUACCUUAGUACCAAGACAUUAUCAACGAAGUUUUAAUGUUAGAUAUGUAACGAGUGCAAAGUUUGAUAUAGAGUGAUUGUUUGUACAGCUUCUGCUGCAUGUUGCCGACUCUGCUAGCAAGAUGUAUUGCCAUACACCCUCACUGACCAAUCACAGAUGGACGUUAAUGUCAGUGUGUCUUUAGUUCAGUUAACAAUGUUACCGUCAGGUGCACAACAGCUUCUUCUACGUUAUUUUAGCUUCCAUUAUAUUUUCCACAUAGUGGCCUUGGUUAGGCGAGUGCAUGCCAACGUGAAUUUGAAUGUGAACAAGUCGUAAACAACUUUAAUACACUGUUGCUUUUCCAUGCUCACCUGUUUUUGUGACCCUUCCUUAUUUGAACUUCAAAACGCAAAUUUUGAAAUGCUACUCCACAUUGAUAUACCAGCUUCAGAGUGAUUACAUGUUGCACGUAAUUACGCAUAAAGCAUUCCCUGAUUUCCUGUUUACGUUUGAAGUUACGCUGAUGGUACAUUUGUUAAGUGCCGCUGUAUUCUAACAAUUUUUGGGGCAUAGCUUUGUUUUUAAAUAGCACUGGAGUAUAACGUACUGUACUGCAAACCUUUUUUCCGACAGUUGAGCUGCGCUCCACUUUGUGUAUGGUACUUGGAAGUGGCACUUAAGGCUGUGUCCAAAGCAGAGAAAGUUGAUGGUGUGUUCACCUUAUCUUAUCUCUCGCCACAGAAAUCAUGCUUGCCAGUUCGCUGUGUAACUAGUGAUAAUACCGAUGCAUCCAGUAUUGUGCCUUUUGUGACCCCCGCACCACCAGAUAAACUGCCUGCGUGAGCAAAGUGUCGCCGUAUCACUACUGGCAGCGGUUUGCUGCCAGGUCAACUGAUAGUUACAGUGCUCGCUGUCAAACUGCUCCAUGCCUUCAAGGGCUUGAAAGUUUAAAACUGCUACGACUACUGAUAUCUCCUGCCGUUUGCGCACGUUUCCAAUGGCAAUAAGUGAAAUGUGUACGUUAUUGUCACACCGUCCUGAUGCGGCUUCCCAGAAGCACCGGUUUUAAUGCAGGUGCUAAUUGUUAACUCAAUCGAGUUUAGAAGCACAUAUAGCGUAGGCUCGUUUAUUUGAGCAAUAAGCAAUCAAGUCAUUUGUAGUGAGGCCCUCAUCUGAAAACAAUGAUGUCUAAGUGCUGCAACAUCGUGAAAGUACUGUAAUGCAUUUCCUCCAGUGGGAGUGUUGGUUUUCUUGCAAACUGCUGGUUGUGAGAAAGAAAGCUUGUAGCUUGAUGUCAUUUCGUUGUACGAAGGUGCAAUCGUGCAUUUACAAGGUGUCAUUGUUAGGUUGAUGAGAUGGGUACGAGGCAGCGGUCUUGAAUGUGUGAGUUUCAGCGUGCAAUGCUUGAGCUUGUAGUUUUUACGAGGACAGCCAUCGAUUUCACCUUCGCACAUAUUGGUGUGCUGUCCUACUGUCUGAAGCUACAUUUUUAAAAAUUUUUUUGCUCUCUCACUGUUGUGCCUUGAGCCAGCUGGUAUUUUUUUCAAUGAUUCCACUUUUACGACUCCCAAUAACAUAGCACUUCUCUGUCAAGCAGCAUUUUACUGCUGUAAGUGUAAAACCUUGUACUGAAAUUUCCGGAGUCUUUUUUUUUUUUAAAGUUCAUAAAAAGGUUGUCAUCCAGAUUAGAGCUGAAACUAAACAACAGCAAAAGGGAUUGGGUGAACAGCACGUGAUAAAGUCUACGAAACAGGCAAAAUGUCAGGCAAAAUAUAAUUAACUGUGGAAGUGGUCACAUUCCACCGCUUUCACAUGAAAUGAAGCAUUUGCAAAGUUCCUGUAACGGAAGGAAUGCGUUCACAUUAACUGUAAUUUUGGAGCUUUGAAUUGCAGCAUCUUAUAGUUGCGAAAUCUGUGGGAUUGUGAUGGUGUACUAAACACGCUGCUCUGUGUUUAACAUAACUUUGCAAUUUUCAUAAAUAUUUAUACAAAUUUUAUUAGUGGCAGGAACUGGGAAUUUAUUACUGCCUGUCUAGAAUUGGGCUUCUCCUUUUAAAAUGUGACGAGUGUUAGUAUUCAAAUUGGUAUGAAUGGCUGCCGAAGGGGAGCCUCUUCUGUAUUUCAUCUGCAUUCAAGCGCGAAGGGCAAUCACAAACUCUUUCUUUUGGUCUAACAAAAACUUUCUAUGCACAUGCUUGCCUUUGAUGCGCCUUGAUUGCAUCUCAUGAUUCCUUGCAUCAGCCAGAUUUCUGGCUGCUGUUCUGAGGAACAUUUCUGUGUUCACAACUCCUAAAAAGACGUACCUUCUUGCUUAUAUGAAAAGAACACCUUGACAAGUGUUUUUGUGCUGUCUUGGCAAUUCCUGCAUCGUGCUGAGAAUUAACAGCUAUGCACACAUCUAUGGUACUUAUCUACUGUGACCAUGUCUGCUACCAAGAAAUGCCUCACACUACCACACUAACCUGUUCUAUCUACCUUUUAUAGAUUAUGAAAUGGAUGAAUGUGUUCCAACGUGUGUUCUCAAGACUAAUGGAGUUUAGAUUUUUUUUUCUGUACCAGCUGUUUUUAUAGACGCUAUGCUCAAGGAAAGCACUUCAUUCAAAGGCUUGUGCUGCAGUGUUAGUAUUAUUACGAAUUCUCCCAACUGCAAAUGUCUUGAUGAAAGGUGCCGUCUCGUAUCAUUGUGAUCGUUAACACACAGUGUAUUUUGCGUAGGUCCCAUGUGAUGCACAAAGUAUUUUUUUUGAGCUUGUAUGAAAAAAAAGUUUGGUAGGAUGUGUUUUGUCCGUUUUUUUGUUUGUUACACAAUAUUUUAGGCCCAUUAAAUACAAACUGCAAAAACCUC